GACACUCGCAGUUCUCCUGACGGGGUCUCCGCAGCUCCACGCUCUCUCCACACUAUGCGCCCCGACGCACGGAGCGACGGUGUCCCGCGCGCCGGGCUGUAGCCGAACCGCCUCCGAGGAUCGCCAGCGAUGGAGAGCACGAACAACAACACGACGACGGCAGCAGCAGCAGCCUGGUCCAACCGAACCGGCACCACCCAGCCGGAGGACGAGGAGGUGAAGCUGAGCUACCAGGUGCUCACCUCCUUCCUGCUCGGCGCGCUCAUCCUGUGCGCAAUCUUCGGGAACGCGUGCGUCGUGGCGGCCGUCGCCCUGGAGCGCUCCCUCCAGAACGUGGCCAGCUACCUGAUCGGCUCGCUGGCCGUCACCGACCUGAUGGUGUCGGUGCUGGUGCUGCCCAUGGCCGCCCUCCACCAGGUGCUGAACCGCUGGACCCUCGGGCAGGUGCCGUGCGACAUCUUCAUCUCGCUGGACAUGCUGUGCUGCACCUCGUCCAUCCUGCACCUGUGCGCCAUCGCGCUGGACCGAUACUGGGCCAUCACGGAGCCCAUCGAGUACAUGAAGAAGCGCACGCCGAGGAGAGCCGCGCUGCUCAUCGGCGUCACGUGGCUCGUGGGCUUCUCCAUCUCGGUGCCGCCGAUGCUGAUCAUGAGCUCGCAGCCCGGCGGCGCGGCGGAGCUGAACCCCACGCAGUGUAAGAUCAGGCAGGACCCCUGGUACACGAUAUACUCCACGUUCGGCGCGUUCUACAUCCCGCUCAUUCUGAUGCUGGUGCUGUACGGGCGCAUAUUCAAAGCGGCGCGGUUCCGCAUCAGGAAGACGGUGCGUAAAACGGAGAAGAACAAGAAGGUGUCCGACUCGUGCUCGGCGCUGUCGCCGGCGCUCUUCCACAAGAAGAGCGGCGCGGACGCGCAGCAGCAUCAGCAGCAGCAUCAGCAUCAGCAGCAGCAGCAGCAGCAGCAGCAGCAGCAGAGCAAGAGCUGGAAGCGCAGCGUGGAGCCGCGGCCGCGACCGCUGCCGAGCGUCAACGGCGCCGUGAGGCACGCGGAGGACGGCGAGUCGCUGGAGAUCAUCGAGGUGCACGGCGGCAGCUCCAACCGGGGCAACCUGCCGCUGCCCAACAGCACCAGCACCACCACCACCGGGAGCUCCGCGCCGCUGUUCGAGAGCCGCCACGAGAAGGCGACCGAGGCCAAGCGGAAGAUCGCGCUGGCGCGGGAGCGCAAGACGGUGAAGACGCUGGGCAUCAUCAUGGGCACCUUCAUCCUCUGCUGGCUGCCCUUCUUCAUCGUGGCGCUGGUCAUGCCCUUCUGCCCGGACUCGUGCUACAUGCCCCGCUGGCUGGGGGAUGUGAUCAACUGGCUGGGCUACUCCAACUCGCUGCUCAACCCCAUCAUCUACGCGUACUUCAACAAGGACUUCCAGAGCGCGUUCAAGAAGAUCAUCAAGUGUCACUUCUGCAGGCCGUGAUGCGUUCAGGUGCCACCGCAGACUCUGCGGGUGGUUCGAAGGUUUGAUCCAAGAGACUGUUCUGAAUGAAGAAUGAGAAAGUGAGGACUCGCAGAUUCCUGUCCGUAGUCGAUCCGUCCGUCAAUGAAACUUUAUUCCCAGAGACACUCAGAUGUCUGUAGACUAUAAAGCUGUGGUCGUCUGAUUGUAGCUUCCACGUUCCUCAUCAUGUUCUGUAAAAUGUUCAAUAAAAGAGACAGUUCUUA